UCCCCCGGCCUCCUCCUCCCCCCGCGCCAUGUGGGGCCGGCGGCGGCACAGGCCCGGGCCCAGCGGCUGCAGCGCGGAGGAGCUGCGGGCCCGGCGGCGGGAGCGAGAGGCAGCUCUCAGGAAAGCCCGGCGGCAGGAGCAGCUGGUCAGCAAGCGGCUUCUGCGGGAGGACACCGCAGUGGAGGAGGGUGGACAGGAUGGAGCAGAGAUCGUGCUGGACCCUCUCUCGGAGGAUGAGGUUCUUGAGCUGCUCAGAGGCGUGCAGAGGGGUUCAGAGGACAGGAAGAGAUCGCUCAGCCACCUCCACUGGGCUCUGCAGAACAAGGAGACUCAGCAGAAGUUUGUCAGACUGGACGGCAGCGUCCGGACACUCAUCGGGCUCUUCACCAGCAACCUGGCUGACUUGCAGAUGGAGGCAGCCCGCUGUCUCCAUGAGCUCUCCCACUCCAGUGACCCUGCUGUGGCUGAGGCUUGUCUGCCAGUGACCCCCUAUCUCCUCACCUACCUCUCGGGACACAGUGUUGAGUUCACGGAGCUGUGUUUGUACACGCUGGGGAACCUGGUAGUGGAAAGUGAAGCUGUGAGGAAGCAGCUUCUGCCUCAGGGCAUCAUUCCAGUGCUGGCAUCCUGCAUCCAGUCCCCGCACGAGGCUGUGCUGGAAGGUCUGGGCUACGUCCUCUCGCAACUCCUCCAGGCCAAGGAAGCCCCCGCAGAGAUCAUACCCUUGGUUCUGGACUCCGUGCUCCCCCAGCACAUGCUUCGACUGGCUUGCUCUGGCCUCAAGGCUGGGAUAGGAGCAGCCGUGGAGUUUGCAUGGUGUCUCCACUACAUCGUUUGUAGCCAUACAGCCAACACGGUGUUGCUGUCGCUGGGGGCCUUGCCUGCCCUCACCUCGCUCUUGCUCGACCUGGCUUCUGAAAUCCCCCAAGAGGCUCCUGAGGGCCUGGAGCUGCUUGUCUGCCCAGUGCUGCGGUGUCUCAGCAACCUGCUCACGGAGGAGACGAGCUACGAAGUCCAGAUCCAGGACGAGCGCCUGCUCAUCACCCUCUUCCUCAUCCUGCAGUGCUUCUUCCAGCAGCACCCGUUCAUCGUACAGGAGUGUCUGUGGCUGCUGAACAACCUCACAGCGGAUGAGCCCUUCUUCUGCUCUGCUCUCCUCUCCCUGGACUUGCUCCCAGCCCUGCUGCAGCUCCUGCCAUGUUCCCAGAUGGCCAGUGUGUUGGUCCUGACAGUUCUGUGCAAUAUUGCAGAGAAGGGGCCAGCCUACUGCCAGCAGCUGCACCAGCAGGCUGCCCUGCCCCUGCUGCUGCCCACCCUCACGCUGCCUGACCCUGAGGUGGUGGGGCAGUGCCUCGAGCUGCUGCAUCUCCUCUUCCUGCACUGCCCAGAGGCUGCUGCUGACUUCAUCAGGCAAGGCGGGCACCAGGCCCUUGAGCAGCACCAGAGCACCCCACAACUCCAGGAGAGAGCACGAGCACUGCUGGACAUGGUCGUGCAGCCCCUGGGAGCCUCCACCUUCAGUCCCUGCCACCCCACCUUGUCUGCCUUCCCCUAGACUGCGCUGCCUCCCUUCCCUCCGAGGAGGAGUAAACCAUUAGUUCACCCUGUGCCCUGCUUCCCCAAGGGCUGGUUAUGGGUCUAACCGCCAGCUGCAAGCACCAGUGCUGGCUGCACGGGGACGCUGGUCCUCACAAGAUACAGCUGUUUCUGUCCUUGUCACCACGUGGCAACCCCAUGCCCUCCCCAGAGCUUGGCACAGGGGCAGAGCUGAGCUGCAGCCUGGGCAGAUGGGCUCUCGAUGCCGGGGAGGCAGCAUAUAAACCUGCUGAAUCCCUCCAACAUCUCUUUUUGGCUUUAAACCCGACUCAUGAAGCUCAGGGUAAGCAUAUUGCAUUUAUGCGAUUGAUAAGUUAAAGAUACACGUUUUGCAUUAAAGAUCAUCAGUCAAGU